UUCAUUGAAAGAAAUGUAACGGGACUUCUUUGCGCCGCAUAACGCAAGAUAAGUUGUUAAAAAUUCGAAUUACCAUACCAAAAACGGGUGACCAGACUCUGGUCACUGAAAAUAAACGACACCAGACUAAUCUUGUAAUUUAUACCCAUUUAUAGCUGAAGUAAAGUGAAAUCAAAAAAUGGCACCUAGCUGGAGCAAAAUGUUAUUUGAAAAAAAUGCAGGUUCUAAAAAUCUACUAGUGGUAUCUUCUGUUGCCAUUUCAUUAGGAGCAAUUAUACGUGCAUUUACAUGGAAUAAGAGGACACCACAAGGGAAAAUUGGAUAUUCAAGUUUAAAGUUACCAGAAGAGAAGCAGAAAAAUAAAGUAGCACUGGAUUCAAAUUUCAUCAAGCAGUUGACAAGGAUAAUAAAGAUUCUUAUAACUGGUCCUUUUUCUAAAGAGACAGGUUAUAUGUUGUUGAUUGCCUUAUCAUUGAUUUCAAGAUCAUACUGUGAUGUUUGGAUGAUAUCUAUGACAACUUUAAUAGAAAGGACAAUUAUAUCCAAAGAUAAAAUUGGCUUUAAGGAGAAUAUUGGUCAAUUUGUAACAGCAAUGCCAUUGAUUGCUAUUGUGAAUCAAUUUCUGAAGUAUGGUAUCUCUGCAUUAAAAUUAAAUUUGAGGACUAGAUUAACUCUGAAGAUGCAAGAUCAUUAUUUAGAUGGUAUGACAUAUUAUAAAGUAAAUAACUUGGAUAGUAGAAUUUCAAAUCCAGACCAACUUUUAACACAAGAUUUAGAAAGGUUUUGUGAUUCAAUUGUAGAACUGUAUUCAAAUGUUACAAAGCCACUUCUGGACAUUUUUCUGUAUGUAAAAACACUUGUUGCAACAGCUGGGUAUAAGACUCCUCUUGCCAUGAUUGGUUAUUUAAUGAUCUCUGGGGUCAUCCUUACUAGGCUUAGAAGACCAGUUAGUAGGAUGACUGCUGAAGAACAAAAGCUAGAGGGAGAGUUUCGAUAUGUCAACUCAAGGCUUAUUACAAACUGUGAAGAGAUAGCAUUUUAUCAGGGUCAGGGUAGAGAAAAAAAAACCAUGCGUGAAUCAUUUGAAAGAGUAGUGAGCAAUCUGCAAGAUAUAUUGAACUUCAAAUUUUCAAUCGGGAUUGUGGAUGAUAUUAUUGCCAAAUAUCUUGCUACAGUUGUUGGAUUUGCUUCAAUGGCAAUUAGUUUUUUUUCAAACAAAGAGCGACACAAACAAAUGCAAAGUUUUGAGAUAAUGGAGGAAUACUAUGCUACCGGCAGGAUUGUUUUAAGAAUGGCUGAAGCACUUGGUAGACUGUCUCUAGCUGGAAGAGAAUUAACUAAGUUAUCUGGCUAUACAUCAAGAGUUAUACUGCUUAUGGAUGUUCUUGAUGAUGUAAAACAAAACCGUUAUGUUCGAACUCAAGUUAAAUCAGAUAAUAAAGAUAAAAAUGAAGAUGAAGUUUGUGGAGAAAAAAUUAAAAUGGAUACUGCCUUUGAAGGUUUAAUCUUUGAACAAGAUCAUAUUAUUCGCUUUGAUAAGGUUCCACUAGUAACACCAAACGGAGAUGUUUUAAUAAAAGAAAUGUCUUUUGAAGUUGUGGCAGGUCGCAAUGUUUUGGUUUGUGGUCCAAAUGGUUGUGGAAAAUCAUCUUUAUUUCGAGUUUUAGGAGAAUUAUGGCCAGCUUACAAAGGUUCUGUUACUAAACCUCAUGCUGGAAAACUCUUUUAUGUUCCUCAACGACCAUAUAUGACAAUUGGAACCUUAAGAGAUCAAAUUAUUUAUCCAGACUCAAUUGGUCACAUGAAAGUUAAAGGAGUAAAAGAUAAUGAUCUCAAAGUUAUGCUUGAUAAGGUUCACCUAGGAUAUAUUCUUGAACGUGAAGGAGGUUGGGAUAGUGUCCAGGAUUGGAUUGAUGUGCUUAGUGGAGGAGAGAAACAACGAAUUGCUAUGGCUCGAUUGUUUUACCAUGCUCCACAAUUUGCUAUUUUGGAUGAAUGUACAAGUGCUGUAAGUGUAGAUGUAGAAGGUUAUAUGUAUGCACACUGCAAGGAGGUAGGAAUUACAUUAUUCACUGUUUCACAUCGCAAAUCACUUUGGAAAUAUCAUGAGUAUGUAUUAUACAUGGAUGGAAAAGGAUCGUAUGAAUACAAACCAAUCGAUGAAAGUAAUACAGAGUUUGGUUCUUAGUGCAAGAUCGUAAAUGAGAGACAAUUUUUUUACUAUUUAAUAAAUUGCGAGUUUUGUCUA